AAAAAAAAAAAUUCCGAGAAAAAAUGUUAUUUCCCAUCCCAAAAUUCCUCCAAAACUACUACUACCGAACAAAAAUGACGUCAUCAUCAUCAACAGCGGCUUAUUCUCAAUUAUCCGCAAGUUCAGACGAAGAAGAGAUUAUGGUUGCGACGUCACAAGAAAGUCUCAAGGAAUUUGAAUUUUCGCGCCAAAAUUUUGGUGGCCCGAAACGCAAAGUUUCAAAAAAUGUGCUUGGACAUCGCACCAGGUGGUAUAUUAUGGUUGUGUUACUGUCAUGCCUAACCCUGAAUCAAAUGAACUCGGUGGCCUACAGCUUCACUGUGAUUUGUAUGGAUGACUUAGUGGAGGAGCAUCAUGCGAGAAAUUUGACAGGUCAUCAUUGGAUGGAGUCAUCCACCGAAAAAUCCCUAAUCUUCUCCGCCACAGCUAUUGGAGCAGUGAUGGGACUUGUCCCAUCAGUACCACUAAUCGAUUCUCUCGGUAUCCGUGGGGUUUUAUCGAUUUCCGGAGCAUUUUCCGCGCUGGGAACCUUAUUUUUCCCGUUUUCUGUAGAUUCUAACAUUUAUGCAGUCAUAUUUUGUCGGGUGCUUCAAGGGCUCGGAGUUUCGGUUAUAAUGACAGUGGUGGGCGUUAUUCCAGGCACCUGGGCUCCAACUUCCGAAACAGGUACUUUUAUGGCAAUAUUAUCGUGUGUUUUUCAGCUGAGCAUGAUAAUUUGUAUGCCUGUAUCAGGAUUUUUAUGUGAAUCUCGAUUUGGUUGGAGAUCAAUUUAUUACAUUUUCGGCGGGUCCACCAUCAUUUUCUACGCGAUUUUCUACAUUUUCUACACGGAUUCACCGAGAUUUCACAGGAAUGUCUCAGAAAAAGAGCUGAAAAAGAUUGAGGACGGAAAGAUGGAAAUCGUGAAAGAAGGGGUCCCAUAUUGGGCGAUUUGCACGGAUGGGACAGUGCUUGUAGGUUGGCUGUCGGUUUUUGGCGGCAAUUUCGGAUUCACCAUUCUUACGUUGUAUGGACCAACUUACUUGAAGGAUGUCCUAAAUUUCGACGUCAAGAAAACCGGAUUUGCCACAGCUUUACCAUUUAUAUUAAGUGCGUUGUCCAAGUUUGCAGCUGGGCGGAUAUCGGAUCGAAUGGACUUUUUAACCGAAAAAAUGCGGUUCUCAGUUUGCACAAUAGUUUCCCAAGGAAGUGUGGUCAUUGGGCUUUUGCUAAUGGCUAUGACGGAGAACUGGCGAAUUGCACAAUUUGCGUACACUUUUGCCAUAACUGCGUCAGGACUGAGUAUUGUGGGAAAUAUAAAGUGUAUACAGCUGAGAUGCCGCCAGCACACUCAUUUUGCUCUCACUGUGAGCUCUUUGGGAAUUUACGCAAACUACUUUGGUGCUCCAAUAGUCGUUGGAAUACUCACCUCAGCUGCAGGGAAUACUGCAGAAAAUUGGUCUCACCUAUUCAUAAUUGUUGCCGUGGUAACUGUCAUCACAAAUGCACCGUUCCCAUUCUUGACCUCCGACGAGCCUGGACCAUACGUGAAAGUCGGGCAGAAACCGAAUGAAGCCUAGUUUUUUGUUAUCUAUCUAUAUUAAUUUUUUUUAAAAAUAAAUUACAAAUUUGUA